AUGGACACCACGACCACAACCACAACCAACGCCACCAACCCGGACACCACCAUGACAAUCAACCCCAACUGCGACACCCCCAUCCCCAGCAUCGAAACCCCUCUCCAAGAACCCCCCCGCAUCUUCGCCCCCUCCCCUCGCCGCUCAACAUUCACCACCUUCAACCCCAACCCCCACCCCAUCCCACGCCCCGCCAUGUUCGACUUAACCUGGAACGCUUCCCUCCCAGAAGCAUCCAACAGCCCCCGUCCACUCCCUCCCCCCCGACCUCUCCCCCCCAAACCAUCCCACAGCGAAACCGAAUCUCACCUACCCUACAGCCCUUACGAAUCCUCACCCGGAGCUUCCUCCCACCACACUAAAAGCGACCUUGGUCCCGGUGUCCCGAAAUUCCAAUGCCAUUGGAUAGGAUGCACCUGUGUGGAGUGGUUUAAUGGGUAUACUCGGUUAUUCACGCAUAUUAAGAUGGAGCAUUUGAAUGGGGUCAAGUGUCCGCGUUGUCCGGGGUGUUUACGACGAGGUUGUGGUUGGUGA